AUGUCUCAGAUCACAUGUAAUGGCUCGGCUUCGCCUCGGCCAACAAACAUAUUUAUGACACAUAUGUGGGCCAUGUUUGCAGUUGUGUUUCUUGCUAUUUACACUGCUAACUUAGCUGCUUUUAUGAUUACUCGAGAAGAAUUUCAUGAGUUCAGCGGAAUAGACGAUCCACGUCUCGUCAAACCAUGGUCUCAUAAGCCAAUGUUUAAAUUUGGAUCAAUUCCAUGGAGUCAUACAGAAAGUACGAUAGCUAAAUAUUUUAAAGAAAUGCAUUCAUACAUAAAAAAUUUUAGUAAAAGUAGCGUUCAAAAAGGUAUCGAAGCUGUCAUCCAUGGACAAUUAGAUGCCUUUUUUUAUGAUGGAACAGUAUUAGAUUAUUUAGUGGCUCAGGAUGAAGAUUGUCGUCUCUUAACAGUUGGUUCAUGGUAUGCUAUGACAGGUUACGGAUUAGCUUUUGCAAGAAAUUCAAAAUACGUAGAUAUGUUCAACAAACGGAUUCUGGAAUACCAAGAAAACGAAGUGAUUUGGGUCCACAUAGCCAGAUAA